AUGCCCUGUGACGUGCACCGAUGUUGGCAGCGCAACAUUGGCAAGGAGUUCUUAUGGUCGGGUGCUAUAGCCUACAUAGAGUCGAGCUAUGGUCAUGCUGAUCUGAAGUCAGGGGCGCUUGACGCUGACGCCAACGUCAAGCACUCAUAUAUGAGCAAUGUGCUGUUGGCCGCCGACGGUCAACCAGCUCUCAUUGUGCUCACUUCGCAACGAGAUAGGUCCCAGCGAAUGUUCGAACCAGCAGAUGGACUUUUUGGAACCUACGUCACAGAAAGAUGGUUGCUGGACGAGUUAUCCACGCUGCAUGGUGCCAAGAUUACACGUGCUGCCUUCACCCGGAUAGGUGAGGAUGAGGGAUCAUUUUCUCGUGUAUGCUUGAUGGAAUGCUAUAGUGCUGGCGUUCUACCGCAGAAAAUCAUUGUAAAGAUUCCAACAUGUCUUACGUAUGUUGAAAAUCGAAAACGAAGAGGAUGGUGUCAAGGAGACUACACAUACGUCAAGGAAUUAUUGAAACAGUAUCACAACACGGAGACGUUAUUCUACAAAAAUGCGCAUGAUAUUCCGGGGGUUCCUCGAACGUUUCUGUGCUGCCCGCUUGGUGACGAUGAUCGGGCAGUCAUAUGUAUGGAAUAUUUGGAAAAUUCUCGUACACUUCCCGUCUAUGAGAAUAUUUCCGUUGAACAAAUGAAAUCGGUACUAAAUAUGUACGCUGGAAUACAGUAUCAUUGCCGAUCAUUUUCUGACGAUAUUUGUACACGAAUGAAUCGAAAUGUGUUCGAAAUACUCUCGGGAACAACACUCAGCUUAAAGAUGCUCAUUCAACGCUUUAACCGGAUGUCUUCAUGGGCACCUGAAAUGGGGCCAACACUUUGUGCGCUCGUUGAGGUCCUACCGCGAAUCCUCGAUCACAAUGUCGUUACAGAACUACAUUCUUCUUGCCCCUUCCGUCCUCUGUUUGUCCAUGGAGACCUCUACUCUAGUAACAUUCUUUGGAACGCUUACGGAGAAGUGGAAGCGAUCAUCGAUUUUCAGAUGUCACAUUUCGGGAAUCCAGUCGAGGAUUUGAUACGUCUUUUCUGUACAGGACUUGAUCCUAGUGAUAGAAAAAACCACACUACAACUUUGUUGAUGUAUUACUGCUCCGUACUCACAUCGUUGUUGCCCGAUCUAAAGGACAUUAUCACAACGGAGACGUUGACGUCAUGGUACAAUGAGAUCAUCCCCAUCGCUGGUCUAUGGACGAUGGUCAGUCUUCAUGCAUCUUUUGAAGCGGUGUCAUUCAAACGUCACGUGGAUGAAACAAGGGCAAAGACAGUUGUUGAAAAAAUUCAUGGGAUUGCCCUGAACAUUUUAGAAAAAUUGCUUGGAAUCAUCUUACUUGUGAACAUUGCACCAAAUGGGGCGCAACCCACAACAAUCGUACGUGCACCACGUGGUUUCCUUCAUUUUCUGAAUCCAGCGAACUGGUUUCGUGCUGCACCAACACUGAUAUUAACUCUGAGCACACCAAGCACUACAACUCCAAAAACUACUGAAAAAACUACUGCAAAAACUACUGCAGCAACUACAGCAAAAACUACGGCGAAAACUACUGAAAAAACCACUGCGAAAACUACGGCGGAAACUACGGCGAAAACUACUGAGAAAACUACGGAAAAAACUACUGAAAAAACUACGCCAAAAACUACGGAAAAAACUACGGCAGAAACUACGCCAAAAACUACUGAAAAAACUACGGAAAAAACUACUGAAAAAACUACUCCUACUACUACCACGUCAACAACAACUUCAACAACAACAACGACUACUACUACUAAACCAAAACCUAUCACACGUCCCGUCGUGCCCGUUCCGCCCGUUGUACAUCCUCCACGCCCAUAUCCAGUACCUACAUGCCCUAAUCCGCAAGUGACUGACGUACAAAGACGAAUUUCCGAAGACUGGAGCAAUCAUUACAGAACACGUCUCGCAAAAGGACAAACAGAAUUCAGCAAUGGAUGGGACAUCGCACCACCAGCCUCUAACAUGAACAGAUUGAGGUAUGAUUGCAAUUUGGAGAAUCAUGCGAUACAAGUUGCCCACACUUGUACAUACACUCACGGAACUCGUAAUACUAUUGCUCAUGCAUGGAAAAACUUGGCGGCUGACCCUAAUAGAGCUUUGUUUACUGCAUUUUCAAAUUGGUGGAGUGAACUUUGGCGAAAUGGAAUGCCGUCAAAUAUGAUAUUUCGAGCGGAAGAUCAAGGACGAGUCGGCCAAUGGGCGACGAUGGCCUGGUCAUCUCAUACUCAUAUCGGCUGCGCAGUAGCUAGAUGUACUCAUCAUUAUUUCACCGUUUGCGCGUUUGGUCCAGGUGGUAAUGUACCAGGACAACAGGUCUAUCAAAUAGGAGCUCCAUGCACCAGAUGCCCAGGUUCAAAAGGAUGCUUCCAAGAUCUUUGCCUACUAUAA